AGCUAUGACAGUUGCCGUCUUGCCGUCGUUGUGUGAUGACCGUGAAAUAAGUUUUCUCCAAUUUCCCUAGAAAAUACUGAAAAUACUCAAAAAUUUCCAAGAAUCUCACAAUUUACACCCUUUGAGUCCACUCUUCAGCACACUAGGGAAAAACUAAUUUGCAGUCAGCCUAACGAGGAAAAUGAGUUGCGAGUGGCUGGAAAAUUACAGUGAGCUCAAGAAGUAUCACGACCGAGCUCAUCACAUCCUUAAGAAUGCCUGCGAAGAUGAUAUUAAUGAGAAUCUCGAGGUGGCUCUCGAAAAAUACAAAACUGGUCUUGGAUUGCUGAUUUUAGGUCUAAAUGCAGCUUUGUCGUGUCCUGAAAUAGUCUACAAGGCAUGCAGAGAUGCCACAAAGAUGGUGAAUCACCUGACACGUGCAAAACCGGUGAUAGAAAAAAGAAUGGAACACAUCACGAGGAUUCUAGAGGAAAGGCGUUUCCGUGAGACGAGCCCUACAUUAUUCUCAGAACUAGUGCGAGUUCUACGGGAGAUACAGAACGCCUCUGAAGACAAUUCCACCCGAGAGUUGGUAUUUUGUUGUGAAAAUGUAAAAUUCUACACAAUUCAGCAGGAUGGCACUGUUACGCUGACAUUGGAUAAUACACUCCUGGAGAUUUGGAAGUAUACAAAAUCCCCUGCAGAAGAACCCAAUGAGGGGAUAUUCUUCAUGCAAAUUACAAAGACUUCCGAACCUGUUUUGGCAUUGGCGGCUGUGAAUGAAUCCAAUGGGGCUGAAGGUGUGGCAGAAGAAGAUAAAGCUGAAUCAAAUGGAUCAUCAUCGAAUGAAGAGAAGGACGACAGUAAGAGCUUGGCUGAGAUUGUAUGGACUUAUCCACUACUCCCUGGGGUAUCACCCUGCUUCCGGACACGUUUUGGUGCCAUAAUUAUGCCUGAUUUGCGUGCACCUCCAUCGGCAGGAGCCACUGUUGGAAUGCAAGUUGAGGGCCCACCGGAUGAAGUCUUGAUGGAGAUACUCGAUGAAAUUCUCAAGUGUGUCUAUCGUCAACAAGAUGAGGAUACCGCUGAGCAGACACCCAGGCGACAGUCACGAUCAGUGGCUGUGUCUGAGAAGAUCACAAAGGGAGCUUAUUACUUUUCCCAAGGACUCAUACGAGGAUCUCAGAAGACAGGAGAAUUUAUCACGUACUCCACUCCCUACAUCAUAUCUCGCAUGGAAAAGGCACCAAUCACGGUGGCUCCUGUGUCUACGGGCGUACGGACAGGUGUGGAAGUAGCAAAAACCGUAACUGGAACUGCAGCCUCAGUGACGGGUUUUAUGGCACAGAAACUCGGAACAGCCACAAUGGCACUGGGGCGUUUCAUUGCGCCUCAUAUUCAGAAGCAGGGUUCACGUAUUUUAUCGCACAGUCUGGGUAUGAGUCAAGAGGUGGCAACUGAGAAGAUGGCUGAUGCCCUAACUGUGGCAGCAGGAGCUGUGGAGGCUUUUGGUACGGUCUACACAGGUCUCGAGGAAUCUGCCUCAAUUCUCGGACGAAGUCUCAGCACCAAUUCCGUCAAAGUGAUUGAGCACAAGUACGGCCCAACAGCGGGAAAUUUAGCUUCCAGCACCUUUGAAACAGCUGGAAAUGUAUUUGCCCUGAGCCACAAUGUUAGGCUGAUGACGCCUAAGGGAAUUGCCAAGAAGGCAGCAAAGAGUACAGGGAGAGCUCUUGUCGAAGAUUUUCAUCCCCAAAGUGGACCAUCGCGAGAUGUUACAGGGACUGAUAAUAAUGGAAAAAUGUAAUCUCUGGAGGGGGAAUCUCAUAUAGAUAACAAACAGCAAAGUCUUCUAUUUGGAUCUGAGAUUUUAUGACAGAGUUUCACUGAAGCUUUAAAAUUUUAAGAAUGUUUAAAGGGAGAAAAUAUAUUUUUUGAAGACACA